CGUGGUGCCUUUCGAGCCCCUCCCGUAUCCCAUCACACUCUGCGCGGCGGCGGAGGAGGCGACGGAGGUGCCAUGUUCCUGCAGUGCUACACAGAUGAGCGUGGGGACCGCGUGUACACCCUGAAGAAGGUGACCCCCAGCGGGCAGCCCACCCGCUCCGCACACCCCGCCCGGUUCUCCCCAGACGACAAGUUCUCCCGGCACCGGUUGGCCUUGAAGCGGAGGUUCGGGAUCCUGCCCACGCAGCAGGGGAGGCCUCUGCUUUAACGGGAGGGAUGGCUCCGGUUGUAGAGGAAUAAAGCCCAUGGAACGCA